AUGUCAUACGACCUGCACGGCCCUUGGGAGGGUAACGUCGAUCUGCAUGGGAAGCUGCAUUCAACAAAAGGAGAAGUUGUCGGCGCUGGCAUCUACAACACUGAAUUCGCGGCCAAAUAUUGGGCAGAGAAAGGUAUGCCGAAGGAAAAAAUUAUAAUAGGAAUCCCGACAUACGGCCAAGGAUGGACACUGAAAGACCCUUCAAAAACAGCAAUUGGAUCAGAAGGAAGUGGAAAAAGUGCACCGUCGACGACGAAUCCGGACGAUGGUGGCAAAGAAACAGUAGACAAGGAAGGCGUUGGUGCCUACAUGGUGAAAGGAAACCAAUGGUAUGGAUACGACACUCCAGAAACCGUCAAAAUGAAGAUGGAUUGGCUGAAGCAAAAUGGUUAUGGAGGUGCUUUCAUCUGGUGCUUGGAUUUCGAUGACUUCAAAGGGGAAACGUGUGGCAAGGGUCCGUAUCCGAUAAUGAAAGCUAUCAAUGACGGACUCUCAGGAAGCGCACCGCUCUCUUCCGCUGUGAGUGUCGUUUUGCAUUUAUAA